CCAGAUGUAUGACUGGUUCAGCCCCUCUUCCACAGCGCUUUGGGGGUGAGCCGAGUCAGUGUCAUGGGUUCCUCAACCAGGUGGGCAUUUAUUUCGAGUUAAUACCCCACGCUUUUCCGACUGAGAGGUCAAAGGUGGGUUUCCUAAUCUCGCUGCUCUCAGACAAGGCCUUGGCCUGGGCGAAUCCCUUAUGGGAAAGGAAUGACCCGGUGAUUCACGAGUUUUCUGGUUUUGUCGACGCCUUCCAUAGGGUAUUCAACGUGCCGGCUCACUCCGCCUCGGCUGCCAAGCUGCUCAAGUCCAUGCAUCAGGGUUCACGGACCGUUGCCGAGUACGCCGUAGAGUUUCGUACCCUGGCGGCAGAGGUGGCUGGAACAAUGAGGCUCUGGUGGCUGCUU